CAGGCAUUUGCUUCCAGAUCUCUUUUUUGAGUGAGAAAAGAUUGCCGCAAACGACGCUCUUAGCUUAGGAAAGUAGAGCGGCAACAUGAAGCAAAAUACAUGGCCAGAUCGAUCCGACGGCUUUGGAUUCACUGCUUUUCCGUUGUCGAAACCGAACGAUAGCGGAGGAAAGACGAAAUUAUCCCGGCGUUCCAUAUUCAGUUCAAAACUGGCGUCAUCCCCAAUGGACGGUCCUGAUUUCUCGGCUCUCCCUUUCGACAUAUUAACGAAAAUCGCGGCAUCGUUUAAUUUCCCCAAUCUUCUAGCAACGUCGCUGGUGUGCAGGUCAUGGAGGGACGGGCUUCGCCCGUUGAGGGAAGCGAUGUUGCUGCUGCGUUACGGGAAAAGGUACAAGCACGGUCGAGGCGGUGUUCGACGCAAUUUGGAGAAAGCUCUCGACUCCUUCUUGAAAGGCGCUGCCCGUGGCUGCUCGCUCGCUAUGGUCGAUGCAGGGCUUAUUUACUGGGAAAGGGGUCAAAAGGAAGAGGCAAUUGCUCUUUAUCAGAAAGCCGCUGCCCUUGGCGACCCUGCUGGCCAGUGCAAUCUGGGAAUUUCAUACUUGCACGCUCAACCUCAAAAUCAUAAGGAAGCUGUAAAAUGGUUGCAUCAAGCUUCACUUGGGGGCCAUGUUCGAGCUCAAUACCAGCUGGCUCUUUGCCUGCAUCAAGGUCUUGGGGUGGAUCGAAAUCUUCACGAAGCUGCUAGAUGGUAUCUAAAAGCCGCUGAAGGUGGGUACGUACGUGCAAUGUACAAUGCUUCGCUUUGUUAUACAUAUGGGGAAGGUUUGUCACAUAGUCGUAGACAAGCAAGGAAAUGGAUGAAGAGGGCAGCUGAUCGUGGUCAUAGCAAAGCUCAAUUUGAGCAUGGACUUGCUCUAUUUUCCGAAGGGGAAAUGAUGAAAGCUGUAGUGUACCUUGAACUUGCUACACGUUCUGGUGAAACGGCUGCAACUCAUGUCAAAAAUGUAAUUCUCCAGCAACUCUCUGCAACAUCUCGUGACCGUGCCCUGCUUAUUGCUGACAAUUGGCCUGCUUUGCCUUCAUCACGCUGAGUAUAUCAUGACUGUUUAUUAAACUUUCUCAUAUAAUCCUGUAAUUGCGUCUUCUUUUUGCUUGUCUUCUUAUGUUUGAAGAGUGACUGUUAUAGUAUAUAGAUGUUUCAGAUACUUGGUAUAUUUCAAUAAUACCAAUAGUAAAACAUGUUAUGAGUUAAACUACCUUUCUUUUCAAAACAAUUAAUGCAUUCUUCUCACACGUGGAUUGACAAUUCGAUGUGUAAUUAUUUCUGCGAUAUGUUGAUCAAUCACGAUUGAUGGUAAAACAUUUGUGUUUGAGAUUGCUAAUCAGGAUAUAUUGUUUGUGUAAGUGCAAAAAAAAAAAAAAAAAAAA